AUGGCUCUGCUUCAGUCCCCUUCUCUUUGCUUUGGCGGUGCGGCUCUCAAUUCCCGCCAUAGUUCUGCCAGUUUCAGACCUGGAAAUCUUAAACCUUCGCCCUUAUCUUCUCCUCCUCGAGCCUCCUCUCCUCGCUUGAGUUCCCGAUGUAAAGCGGCUCCUGCAGUUGGUGGUGGGUCGUCUGAGGCAGAUGGCUCCUCCCUCGUGGUUUGCUUUGGGGAAAUGCUAAUAGAUUUUGUACCCACAAUCAAUGGCCUUUCGCUGGCCGACGCACCAGCCUUCAAGAAGGCCCCAGGCGGCGCUCCUGCUAAUGUUGCUGUUGGAAUUGCACGUCUUGGUGGCACAUCAGCGUUUGUUGGGAAGGUCGGGGAAGAUGAAUUUGGAUAUAUGCUUGCGGAGAUAUUGAAGGAGAAUAAUGUCAACAAUCAAGGGUUGCGCUUUGAUCCUGGUGCAAGAACUGCUCUGGCGUUUGUUACAUUAAGGAGUGAUGGAGAACGUGAAUUCAUGUUUUACCGAAAUCCUAGUGCCGAUAUGUUGCUUCAAGAAGAUGAACUUGAUCUUGAAUUGAUUAAGAAGGCAAAGAUCUUUCACUAUGGCUCUAUAAGUCUCAUAACAGAGCCAUGCAAAUCAGCUCAUAUUGCAGCAGCAAAGGCCGCAAAGGAAGCUGGUGUUGUUCUUUCAUAUGAUCCCAAUCUGCGGCUUCCUCUGUGGUCUUCUGCAGAGAGUGCUAGAGAAGGCAUCCUUAGCAUUUGGAAUUUGGCCGACAUCAUCAAGAUAAGCGAAGAAGAGAUAUCCUUCUUAACGCAAGGAGAAGAUCCAUAUGAUGAUGCUGUUGUCCGCAAGUUAUACCAUCCGAAUCUCAAGUUGCUACUUGUGACUGAGGGCCCAGAUGGUUGCAGGUAUUACACCAAGGAAUUCAGCGGCAGAGUGAAGGGCUUAAAGGUGGAUGCUAUUGACACAACCGGUGCCGGAGAUGCUUUUGUGGCUGGAGUACUGUCUCAACUAGCACGGGAUUUAUCUUUGCUUCAGAACGAGGAGAAGUUGCGAGACGCUCUCAAGUUUGCCAAUGCUUGUGGUGCAUUGACUGUGAUGGAAAGAGGUGCAAUCCCUGCAUUGCCAACCAGCGAAGCUGUAGCGAAUGCAGUCCUUAAGAUCGUGGCGUGA